AUGUCUAGUCUAGCGACUCUAGCAGCUCUUAUCAAAUACGUUUCCGCCGCACAUUGCGAUGCGACAUACACCCUAGUGAACUCUUAUGUGGUUACAACCUCCGGUGUGCCAAACAUUCCUCAGACCUGUGGCUGGCUCUGGGACAAUCUGGAGGAAUUCCCAGGCUGCGAAGCAUUAUCGGACGUUUACUGCGGUGGUACAAAUGGAAAUCUUAAAUGGACGCUGACCGCAUCUUGGGCCUGUGAUGCUCCCAAGAUCGAGUCUAGUUGGUGGGAUAGUACGGGAAAUAAAUAUGGUGCCAUUGACUGCGCAUCGUGA